AGUCGGUCGGCGAAGCGUCGGCAAUCUUGGAUUCGCAUCGGCCAUGUCGGGCCCCAACUUGACCUUGGAGGAGGCGAAAGCCUUCCUGCGCCUCGACCUCGGCGGCGUGAACCUGUACGACCACCUCUCGGAUGUGCUCCUGCGUGUGCUCGUCGAGCGGCCCAACGACGCGGUGAACGCCUUCGAGCACCUCUCGUGUACCGUGCGCCAAGAGCGCUUCAAGCGGCCGGCCGAGGCGAUCGCCGCCGAGAACGCUGUUGACGCCGAAGCAAAGGCGCAGCAAGAAGCAUGGGGCAAGGCGGCGACGAGCCUGCUCAAGAUCCAGAACGGCGACGAAGAGGUGGCGCCCGAGACACCGACCGGCGUCGCCGACCUCUUGGACGAGGCCAACAUGUUUGAGUGGGCGGGCCUCGGCUUCUCGCGCGGCGAGACGUUCCGCCUCUCGCUCGCCCUGCAGAAGCUCGCGACAAUCAACACGACUGUCAAGCUGCGUUUCUGGGGCAAGAUCCUUGGCGUCGGUACCGACUACUACGUCGCAGAAGGCGAGCUCCCAGAACCGUACGAGCCGGAAGAUCAAGACGCUGAAGAAGGUGCGAACGGCCUCAAUCGAAACACGUAUUGGGUCAUGAAGGACAAUGGCACAUACGAGUGGGCACAGCUGCCGCAUGUGCGGCGCGACCAGAUCCUCGCCGCCCGCGCGCUCCGUCGCUUUGUGCGCAGCAACCUCGAUGGCAAGGUGCACGGGCACCCACCGUUUCCAGGGACCGAGAAGAACUUUCUACGGGCGCAGAUCGCACGCAUCUCGUCGUCGACCGUCUUGUGCCCCGCAGGGUACUUUGUCGUGACGGAAGAUGGCGCGAUUGAGCCACCCGAGGAGGCGCCCGAGGCCAAGUCUGCCGCCGAGCUCGCCGAGCUCGGGACGUGGGUCCACUACACGAAAGAGAUCAACGACAAGUACGGGCGCAGCGUUGCGCUGCCGCCGAAAACCAACGACGACGGGGAAGAGGUGCCAUGGGACGGCGAAGAGUUUGUCGAGCCGCUGCGGGCGCUCUCGGAAGACAAGCCGGCGUCGUGGCGCGUCGAGCGCGUCCCCACGACCGUCUCGGCGGCCGUCGGCGAGAUCGCUGUCGUCAAGUCGCUCGUGUGGCCCGGCGCCGUGGCGCUCGGCGUCGGCAAGAAGUUUCUCAACGUCUAUGUUGGCCAUGGCCUCAAGGCCAAGUUUGGCGCCGACCACCAAGUGCAGUUGCCCAAGCCGCUCCAGGUCGACUUUGGCGUCGCGCUCGACGGCGACAAUGACGCCAAGCUCAAGUUUACCAACUUGCAGGAGCAGCCCGACGUUCUCGUGGACCCGUCACCGGCCGAGGACCCAGACGCCUAACGCUGCAUGGACACGAAUGUACAUAAGCAAAGGGAAUCAUCUAUUGGUGUGUGU